GCAGUGGAAACUUUCCACCGCUCGCGUCGUGAGAGAGACCGGGGCAAGGGAGCGAGAAGCCGAGAAGGAGCUGCGAGGGGCCAUCGAUGGCCAUGGCGGCGGGCGGGCCCAACGGCGGCGCGAAGGUGGUCAGCCUUCGCCUGCAGUACUACUGCGUGUUCGCGGCGGUGGGCGUGGCGGUCAUCGUGCUGUCGCUCACCUUCCUGUCGCCGUCCGCCAUGGGCGCCGUCCGCCAGAACCUCGGCACCGUCGUGGCCGUGGCCACGAAUUCCACCAGCGGCGACGAAGCGGCACGGGUGGUAGGAGGCGGGGAGGCGGUGGCCGCGGCCAAGGCGGAGCCGGAGAAGGAGAAGCCGAAGAAAGCGGAGCCGCCGGUGGUGCUGUUCAACUUCGGCGACUCCAACUCGGACACCGGCGGCGUGGCGGCGGCCGGGGGCAUCCACAUCAUGCCGCCCGAGGGACGCACCUACUUCCGCCGCCCCACCGGCCGCCUCUCCGACGGCCGCGUCAUCAUCGACUUCAUCUGCGCGAGUCUGAAGACGCAUGAGCUGAAUCCGUACCUGAAGGCAGUGGGCUCCGACUACAGCAACGGUGUCAACUUCGCCAUGGCCGGCUCCACGGUGUCCCACGGCGUCUCCCCCUACUCCCUCAAUGUCCAGGUCGACCAGUUCGUCUACUUCAAGCGCAGAUCCCUGGAGCUCAUCGAGCUAGGACUGAAGGGCCCGGUGAGCAAGGAGGGCUUCGAGAACGCGCUCUACAUGAUGGACAUCGGCCACAACGACGUCGCCGGCGUGAUGCACACGCCGUCCGAUCAGUGGGACAAGAAGUUCAGACAGAUAGUCAGCGAGAUCGGCGACGCGAUCCGGAUCCUGUACGACAAUGGCGCGAGGAAGUUCUGGAUCCAUGGCACGGGCGCCCUGGGCUGCCUGCCGGCGCUGGUGGUGCAGGAGAAGGGUGGCGAGCACGACGCGCACGGCUGCCUCGCCAGCCACAACCGGGCGGCGCAGGCCUUCAACAAGAAGCUCAGCGACCUCUGCGACGAGGUGCGGCUGCGCCUCAAGGACGCCACCGUCGUCUACACCGACAUGUUCGCCAUCAAGUACGGCUUCGUCGCCAACCACACCAAAUACGGGAUUGAGUGGCCAUUGAUGGUGUGCUGCGGAAACGGCGGCCCGCCUUACAACUUCAUGCCGGGGAAGUUCGGCUGCGGCGAUCUCUGCGGGCCGGAGGAGAAGGUGCUGAGCUGGGACGGCGUGCACUUCACCGACUUCGGCAGCGGCCUUGCCGCCAAGCAUGCCAUGAGUGGCGAGUACUCCAAGCCCAGAGUAAAGCUGGCGAGCUUGCUCAAUGGUGGCUCCAAGAAGCCAUCAUCUGUGUCUUGAUGCUCAUCAAUCAACGAUUGAACCACGAACUUACUUUGGCCGGGUCUUUAAAAAGAAUGGUUUCUUGACAAAAAGGAAAAAAGAAGAAGCUUCGAAUGGAUCAUGGAUGAGUGGAUAAUGGUGAAGAUCAAUCCAUACGAUGACCACGAUGGAUGAUGUGGGUGUUGUAAAGGUCGCAGCUGAUUGUUGGCUCCUUGUACACAAUAGGCAAAUAGCUCCCUCGGCUACAAGUAAAAAGUUGUCGAUAUUUUCUUUGCACUUUUGGAGUAUAAUGAUUUUGCUUUGUUGGUGUAUGUGUAUAGACAAUGUAUGUGGCGGCUGGGAUUUCACAGAGCUCAUGAAAAACGGUGAAUCAUAGAUUUAUUUGAUCUGUAAAAGAAGGUAAUACAAAAACUUCCAAGCAUAGGCACUUUUUUA